GGUUUCCAUAACAACAAGUUGGGUGAAGCUAAACAAGAUGGACGCCACCAUGAGACCGAUGUCCCUGCCUCCGGAGUUUACGAAUUACGCCGAGGAACAUCAACUGUUUGAGUUGAUGAAGUUUCUAAUCGAGCAAUUAUUGUUGAAAAAACCAGAGAGACCCAUAGAAUUUCUCAUAAACAUCUUGACCGACAGGUUGAAAGAAGUUGUCAAGGUCAUCAUAUUUGGUCCCCCAGCCUCAGGAAAGACCACCUUAGCAAAAAUGAUUUGUGAAAAACUAGAUUUGGUCUAUCUGAAUGAGGAUAGGUUAUUGAUUAAGACUUCAACAUGUUUAUUAGACGAGGCACGUGAAUAUCAGGUUGAAAAUAAACCUGUUCCUACAGAUUUAUGGGUGCGUAUGUUGUGGGAAGAAACAGAAAGAGGCAAGUGUAAAAGAAAUGGCUGGGUCUUUGAGGGAGUAUUUUCCACCCGAGAAGCUAUUGCCAAAAUGCAGCAGCAAGGCAUCCAUCCAACUCACUGUAUUUUCUUGGUAGCUCUGGAGAGUAUUCUUGUGGAGAGGGCUGCUGGUAAAAGGAUUGAUCAAAGGAGUGGAGACAUUUACCAUAUGACAUUUGACUGGCCAUUGAGUAAUGAUGUCAAGGCCAACUUGGUGGAAGCCCCAGGAUGUACUGAAAGUGAAAUAAUCCAGAAAUACCUAGCAUAUGAAUAUGCCUUGCCAGGACUUAUCCAACGCUUCAAGAAGAAUUACAAAAAUAUAAAUGCUGACCAACCCAAAGGAGAUAUUUUGUCAAAAGCACUUUGUUUCCUGAGUCGUAAACCCCAAUCUAUGGCACCACAUACUCCACGAGUCAUCCUUCUCGGUGCUUUUGGCAGUGGUAAGAAAACCCAGGCACAUUUGUUGGCGAAACGUUUUCAGUUGGUCAAUGUUUCAUGUAGUCAACUGAUAAAACAAGCUGUAACCAACGAGACAUCAACGGGACUAAUAGCCAAAUCAUAUUUGGACCAAGGUUUAAAUUGUAAGUAUCAAAAACCUAAUUAG